AUGGCACCCCUCUUUCAGACUUUGGUCAGCGGUCUCGCUUUGGUGAGCUCCGUUGUUGCUCAGGAAUCCGACUCUUUGAUCGAAUCCCAGGUUGUGUCUGAUCCCUAUCUCUAUGACUUCCCUCGUCUGAACGGCGACGGCGCUAGCCAGUUUCCCAUGCGCCCCUGCCAUGGCUUUACCCUGGCCGAGGCAACUGUGGAUGAGAUUCAGGCCCAGCUUGAGAAGGGUACCUUCACCACCGUUCAGCUGCUGGAGUGCUACAUGGAUCGUGUCCACCAGACUCAACCUUACUUGAACGCUAUUCUGCAAGUGAACCCCGAUGCUUUCACCAUUGCUCAGAAGCUUGAUGCUGAACGUGCCGCGGGCAAUGUCCGUGGUCCGCUCCACGGUAUUCCUUUCAUUGUUAAGGAUAACAUUGCCACCAAGGAUCGCAUGGAGACCACUGCCGGUAGCUGGGCUCUGCUCGGCAGCGUUGUGCCCCGUGAUUCUUUCGUUGUUAACGGUCUCCGCAAUGCCGGUGCUUUGCUGCUCGGAAAGGCUGCUCUGAGCGAGUGGGCCGAUAUGCGUUCCAACGACUACUCUGAGGGCUUCAGUGCCCGUGGCGGCCAGUGCCGCAGUGCUUACAACUUGAACGUCAACCCUGGUGGUAGCAGCACUGGCUCCGGUGUCGCUGUCGGUGCCAACCUUGUGCCUAUCGCUCUUGGAACUGAGACUGAUGGCAGUGUUAUCAACCCCGCUCAGCGCAACGGCAUCGUUGGCAUCAAGCCUACUGUUGGUCUGACCUCCCGUGCCGGUGUCAUCCCCGAGUCUGCUCACCAGGACACCAUUGGCACCUUCGGUAAGACCGUUCGUGAUGCCGUCUAUGCUCUCGAUGCCAUCUACGGCGUUGACUCCCGCGACAACUACACUUCCGCCCAGGAGGGUCUUACUCCUACUGGUGGCUAUGCCCAAUUCCUGACCGACCAGACCGCCCUCAAGGGUGCCGUUUUCGGUAUCCCCUGGGAGUCCUUCUGGGCCCUUGCUGACCCCGAUCAAGUCACCCGUCUCCUCGACCUGGUUGAGCUGAUCGAGUCCGCUGGUGCCACCGUUAUCAACGGUACCGAGCUGCCCCACUACAAGGAGAUCGUCUCGCCCGACGGCUGGAACUGGGAUUACGGUACCGCCCGCGGUUUCGCCAACGAGUCAUCCUACUCUUACAUCAAGGUCGACUUCUACAACAACUUGCGCGACUACCUCUCCGAGGUCGAGAACACCAACGUCCGCUCCGUCGAGGACCUCGUCCAGUACAACAUUGACAACUCCGGCUCCGAGGGUGGUCUCCCCGGUGUCCACCCUGCCUUCGCCUCCGGCCAGGACGGUCUCCUCGCCUCCCUUGAGAGCAAGGGGUGUCAUGGACGAGACCUACUUCCAGGCUCUCGAGUUCUGCCAGCGCACUACCCCGUUACCCUGGACGGUCUCCUCGUGCCCCCCGAUAUGGCUCAGAGCAUUCAGAUCGCUGCCCAGGCUGGAUACCCCGUCAUCACUCUGCCUGGCGGUGUUAGCGAUGUCACGGGCAUGCCUUUCGGUUUUGCUAUCAUGAACACUGCCUUCUCCGAGGCUAGCUUGAUCAAGUAUGCCAGUGCUAUUGAGGAUCUGCAGAAGAACUCUGGCGCCGAGUGGCAGCGUCCCCUCCCCCAGUGGCGCGGCUACCUGGAGCGCAACUUGCCUGUUCCCUUCUAA